AUUUACAGCCAAUCACUUGUCAGUGAAGGGUUGUGAUGUGAGCGGAAGGAAGGCUUUUACAGUAGCUUAUGCGGUGUUUAAGCCAACAAACGCUAGUUAUGAAAUUUCGGAAUCUAAUAUAAUCGUAACGUCUUCUUAUUAAGUUUUCAUGCUGCAUACAAAACGCGAGGACGGAGAGGACAACGGUGAAAGCCGACUACUCAACCAAGCAGUGUUCAAAGACGAUGACAAACUCCUGGCCAGUCUACUCUCCCAGGAUAGGUACAGGAAGUUCAUCAACAGCAGGAGUGGCUGGGGGAUUCCGGGUACGCCUUUACGGAUGGCUGCAUCUCGGGGUCACCUCCGGUGUAUGGAGGUCCUUCUGGCCCAUGGCGCGGAGGUGGACAGCCUGGAUGUGAAAGCGCAGACCCCUCUUUUCACAGCUGUCAGUGGGAAGUAUCUAAGUUGUGUCUUGGCUCUGCUCAAGGCAGGAGCCAACCCCAAUGGCAGCAUGUACAACAACUGCUCUCCUGUGCUCACUGCAGCACGGGAGGGGGAUGUGGAAAUCUUGAAAGAGCUCCUGCAGCACGGUGCAGAGGUCAAUGCACGGUCAAAGGUUCUGCUGUGGGCUUCCAAUGCCUCAGUCUCCAGCGGACCACUCUAUCUGUCAGCAGUGUAUGGACACUUGGACUGUUUCAAGGUCCUGCUUCUCCAUGGGGCUGAUCCCAAUUACAACUGCACUGAUGAGAAACUCUUCAGGAGGAUCAAGCAGCCCAAGACGGUGAUGGAGAUGUGCCUGAGACAUGGCUGUGGUGUGGAGUACGUACAGCUCCUGAUAGACUUUGGGGCAAAUGUUUACCUUCCCACUCUCAUCAUAGAAAAAUCUACAAAACAGAAUGAAGCAGUAGAACUCUUACUGAAGGAAAGAGGUUGUCCAAAAUCCCUGAUGUCACAGUGUCGACUUGCUAUUCGAAUGCACCAGAAAAAGAUCAACAAAAUGCAUUUUAUUGAUGACCUGGAAAUACCACCAGUCCUGAAGAACUUCUUGACUUACAGAACAACACCUUCAAGAAGCUUAACAUUCUGACUUAAGUGUGUGACUGUGCCUUUUUAGACAAUAUUAUCAGUUUACAAUGUGGAUAAUGUGACACUUAGAGGACAGUGGUAUAUCUUCAGUGAUUUUACUUUAUUUUAUUAGUCAAAUUUGUAUUUUAUUUCCAAGCAUAAUCUCUUUGCAGCAUUUUGGUUUAUAUAUUUUCAUCAUUGUUCAAUAAUGGAAAACAUCAAGAAGAUUAUUGUCCAUCUCUCACUGCUCUAGAGGACUGGAGCAGAAUCGAGUACUAUGCUUAUUUUGAGGCAUUUCACAAUGUCACAGCACUUCAUAAUACAUGCUAGCCAAGCUUCUCUCAUAAAUGGAACCAUUCAUGGUUCAAUAAAGUGCUGUCAUCAAA